AUGCGAGAUUUUAAAUUACCCAUCGAGAAUGAAAAAACAUUAAUUGAGAAAAAGACUGACGUAGCAAUAUACCGAGAAAUAAAUAUUGACCGGUUGAGAAAGAGAAAUCACUAUGCGGAUUUAUCGACUGCUAUUUCUGAGCCGGUGAGCAACAGCUAGGCAGCGGAAUGUAUUUUGGCGGGAAAUUCCCUCAUCCUUGAGGCGUCCUCGCAGCAAUCAGAACAGCAACUGCGUCAACUUCCUGAGGAAGUACGAGUAUUAUCAAAACAAAUGACAGCCAACUCAAUCAAAUAUUACUGCUGAAGUAUCUCGUGUUUCUGGACGCUCGCAUAGUAGACAACGUAAUCCAAGCUCGAGCCUCCAUCACUAUGCAAGUUCUGCAAGUUCCUCGCACCUAUGACAAACAUGAGACAAAUCGGUACUUCAGAUCGCAAGAGAAAAAGAAAACACUCCAUUCUUGGUGAUUUAAUAAUAUUUACUGGCCCAACAGUCAAUGUUGUACCACAACAGGGAAAGAGGGUGACAUUGAGUGAGCACGGCCAUGUUCCUAAUGCAUGUCAAUUUUUUAAAGUCAUCGUCAUGGAGGCGUUUGAAGAAACCAUUCCUCGCCUUGUAGACAUAGAAGUCCUUAUGUCAGUCCAUAUGUCAGUCCAUAAUAAGCUCGUUAAGCCAUCACUUACACCAGGUCAGAAAGGUAUUAUUGGGGUUCUUUUACAAAAUCGCUUUUUCAAAAACAAGUUUGUGUAUGUAAGGCCAAGUAAAGUGGUACGAUUUGCAGUAACUCGACUUGAUUUCUUGUGCAAAUGAUUGCAAAAUUUAAGUUAUCAAUGCGUAAUAAUGAGUAAUUAAGACAACCAUUCGAAUCAUGCCCAAUACUGCACCUCCCGUGUAUAAUUUGGCUUGAUAAAGAAGGGCUGGAAAUACUUAUAUUGAAUCAGGACAAUGGAAACAAAUUUCCAAAAUCAAACAAUGAAUUGGCUUAUAAGUAAAUUGAUAAUGCCUCUAAAAAAUCCAUACAUGUACUGUUUCUUGUAAAUUUAUUUGUCUUUAGUUUAGUUCUGUUUGUUAAUUUUGAAGGAUAUUGACACUAAAGAUGAUCCAGAAUUUGAAUUUGAUGAUGAUGAUACCUUGCUAGCAGCAAUGUUACCAGAUCCGGUGACAAAACUUACAGGCAAUCCCUCCUGUGCUCCUGUGCUGGUUUAA